CCCGGUGCCAUGCAGUCUGCGAGGCAAGGCAGAUAGGCUGCCCUCUAACCCACCACCUUCACCUACGUCACUCACCAACAAAGACAUCUCCAUGAAAAUGCAAAUCUGGCGUCCUCAAACUAAUCUGGACUGAAAAAGUUCAGUCAGCCUGACUUUGUCAAGUAUCCGCCUCACAUUUCGUUCAGUGGGCAUUGCCUUUAAAUUAAACGAAGCGAAAUUCAACAAAAGGAAAAACAUGGUCAAAAUUAAAUUUAAUACAACCAAGAUUACAUGACAAAUGACAUUUAAAAAAAACAGUUGAAAUUGAAAACUAAAUUUAAUCCGUGUCCGUCAUUAUUGCAGGUUUUUAAAUUUCAUGGAGCUUGGAGAUUUCAAUUACAUUUCUUGCACACUUGUCAAUCAUAUCACUCAUUUAUAGGGAUAAGCAGGAUGCCGGUAGAUACGAUGUGAAUAAAUGCAAGAAAAAAACACCUAGUUCAGAUAUCCGUCUUCUGUGGGAUAUUUUUAGAACGGAUCGGCUCACUUGAGUGUCUUUUGAGAAGAAAGUUCGCAGAUUUUUAGUUGUUGUGUUGCUUCCGUUUAGUGAACAAGACCGUGUUCAAAAUACUUAGAGAACGGGAAUUAAAAUUGCAAAAUUAAAUCGGUGACAUUUUCAGUUUAAAAGAAUUACAGACAUUUUUUCCUCAUGGCGAGCGGAGUGACGAGAGUUAUCGAACGGUGUGAUAAUGCCGUUGAGUCGGAAUAUUUGGACUUGUCAGAAUGUGAGCUCAUGAAUAUGCCUGAUGCGGUAUUUCACCUCAUGAGGAACACGGUUAUUCGAGGGUGUAACCUUUCUCACAAUGUAAUCACUAAAAUUCCGGCCAAACUUCCACUCAAGUUUUCAAUUAUAACAGAACUAAACUUGUCGCAUAAUCGUCUUGGAAAACUACCAGAUGAGCUUAAAGAGUUGCACAGUUUGGAAAAAUUGAACAUUUCUCACAAUGCAUUUCUUUCAAUGCCGAAUGCAAUUUAUCAACUUGCACAAUUGAAGGAAUUAAAUGCGGAAAAGAACUUUAUCGAGGAUGUCGACCUGAACCGAUUAAAAGGACAACAAACCUUGGAAAGCGUGGACUUGAGAGAAAAUCCUUUAAUUCGCCAAAUUCGUUCAUCCCUUGAAGGAAUCACAUCGGUUAGAAUUCUAGUCAGCCCCAUUGUUACAGAGGAAUGGGAACUAAUUCCAGGAGGGGAGGAAUCGUAGCAAGUUAUAAUUAGUUAGUUAAUUAAAUAUAACUGCAUAGUUGCGUAAUGGAAUUAAAUAGUUAUAUAAGGAUUCAACUGAAUCGUUUUUAUUAUGUAUAUUAGCUGUUUUAAGGAUUAUUGGAAUCACUGGUAAAUAAAUUAAAAUUGUUACAUUUA